CGUUUCUUCCUCUCACCGCCAUGAAGCCUGUUCAUCAACGCCUCAAUCUCUAUACGGUUGGCGAUGAGGCGUAUGUAUUCGUUCCAACCGGAGAAUUUGCGGCCACACAGUCAUUAACCGUGCACCGCGCUACCGGAGAAGUCGUCCUUAAUCCUCCUCACACCCCAAUACCUCAGCAUGCUAGUCGCUCCGGGAAAUCUGUGCAUGGCAUUCUCGGAAUGAUAUCGCUUUCGCUUUCGGAAUACAUUGUUAUUAUCACCGGGCGCGAACUCAAAGGACGUCUCUGUGGCCAUGAUAUAUUCCGCGCUUCAGAUUUUGAUAUUUUACCACUUAAUCCCAACGUCAACGUCAUCAGCCCUCCCCAUCCUGUUGAAGGACAUCUUCUCGCCCUUCUUCGCUCUCAUCUACAGUCUGGCAACUUCUUAUUCAGUUACGGAUGGGAUAUAACGCGACGCUUGCAAGCUCAAUGGGCAAGCCAGAACAUUGAUUCAAACAAGGGAUUUUGGGAGGUGGCAGAUGAUAGGUUCUUCUGGAACAAAUUCCUUCAAACAAGAUUCAUAGAAUCCAGUGGAAAGCAGGAUUUCAGCAACUUCAUUCUUCCCGUCAUUUACGGAACCUUCGAUGUCCGGCCCAUCUUCAUACACGGAAGACACAUGCAACUGGCGCUGAUCAGCCGUCGUUCGCGUCAUCGUGCGGGAACACGUUAUUUCCGUCGUGGUAUUGACCACGACGGCCAUGUCGCGAACUUUAACGAGUCAGAGCAGCUUUUAUUUGUCGAACACCAAAAUACUACUGGAGCAGUCCGAGCGGAUGAUGACUUCGCCCACAUAUUCAGUUUUGUACAGAUACGAGGCAGUGUGCCGUUCUUCUGGGCGGAGGUGAACACAGUAAGGUACAAACCUGACCUCCAGGUUAUGGAACUCCCGGAUACCCCUGAUGCAAUAAAACUACAUCUAUUGGAGCAAGUAUCGACAUAUGGACCUCAAACAUUAGUGAAUCUGGUGAAUCAUAAAGGUCACGAAAAACCUGUCAAAGAUGGAUACGAACGCUGGGUGACACAGCUUAACCUCCCGGAUGUACGAUACCAAUACUUUGAUUUUCAUACUGAAUGCAAAAAUAUGCGAUGGGAUCGUAUCAGCUUGUUGAUAGAUAAACUGCAACUUGAUUUACAGAAGCAAGGCUACUUUCAUAUUGACUCAAUUGAUCCCAAGUCAAACAAGUUGCAAAAUGGCACGGUACGAACGAACUGCAUGGACAAUCUUGACCGCACCAAUGUCGUCCAAGCCACACUGGCUAAACACACCUUGAACAAGCAGUUACAGGAAGCAGGUGUUCUCACUAAAGAACAGGGUGUUGAUGAUUUUGAAACUUUGAGCAAAGACUUCAGAGAGAUGUGGGCUGACCACGCCGACGCUAUCUCGAAAGCUUAUGCUGGUUCCGGUGCAUUAAAGUCAGACUUUACUCGUACGAAUGAACGCACUCGAAAGGGUCUUCUGGAGGACGGUGUGAAAUCGCUUUUGAGAUAUCUCAAGAAUAAUUUCUUGGAUGGGGCGAGACAGGAUGCAUAUGAUCUAUUUACCGGAACUUGGAUACCUAGGCGCAAUCCUUCCAGCAUGAAUUUUCUCGUUUCAGACCCUCGGCCGCUCAUCAUUCGGUCUGCACCUGCAACUGCGUCGUUCUCCUUAUUCAUGAUUUGUGCGGGCUUGACAUUACCUCGCUCUUCAGAUUAUUCUCUCGUCUACUACUUCUUCCUCUGGAUCAUGCUCCUGCUCGCAGCAACCAUCUUCAUGGUCACAUAUGGAAUUGAUUAUGUUUCAUGGCCUAAAUUGGUUCCACUUGACUCAAUCAUUUACUACGAUGGACCUGGCUAUCGUUCGGCUAAGCAUGGUAUGGGUCUCAAAGGUGUGAAUGUCAAGCUUGGACUGGAUAAUGGUACCAAAUGGUUGAGUAACAAGGGCAAAGUGGGUAAGGAAGAGAGCAUUCCGAUGACACGUAAGAGGGUUGAUUGAGAUGGACUGUCGCGGACAUAUGUAGUUACAAGACUUGGUAUAUAUGCGUUGAUAAUCUCCAUUUUUUCUCGUUU